ACAAGCAAAGACAACACUGAUACAUAAAACAUACAGAAACAGUAGCACCGUCAUUUCAGUCCACACUCCUUUUAAGAAGGUGGCGCUAAUGCGCAGCAGGACGCUGCUCUCCAACCGCCAAUAAAAGACAGAAGAAGAAGAAGGACCCGGAUGUCGAUCUCAGAGCAAGAUGGCGCCGAUCGGCCGCAGCAUCAGCAGCGUGUCUCCGUCGUGUUGAUCAAGUAUCAGUUGUCUCCAUCAGUCCGGAUCCGGAUCCACCAGAAUCUCUGCACGUCCGGAUGAACCUCUGAUGGACUCAGCUGCUCAUCUUUUUUUCUGGAUCUUUUUCCUCUGACUCAACAUCAAGCUAUAGAGGUUAGCUUAGCACGCUAGCUGGAAGUUAGCAGCACGGUGCUAGUCCGAGUUUAACGAAGAACCAACGGUGUUUAUCUGGAGGACACGUGUCUGAGAUUCAGUGAAGAUGUCCAACGUCCAAAUGCUGAGAUGUUUACUGAAGCAGCGAAUCACCGAGGACGCCGAAGAGACAUUUGGGCUGUUUGAAAGAACGAUAGCAGAGUACGAGGAGGAAGCUUCUAGAUUAAAAGAGGACAACGAGGGACUAAAGAAACGUCUGCGCGCUGUUUUCAACCCAGAAGUCCGCGUUCACAGAGCAGACCUCCUGCAGAUGUUCGUGGUUAAAGAGGAGCAGCAGGAGGGGAGCUCUAGUCUAGACCAGGAUGACCCAGAGUCCCCCCUUAUCAGAAAAGAGCUGCUUCAAGGGCUGGACGAGGCUGACAUGAAGGUCUCAUUCACUCUUGUGAAAAAUGAAGAUAAUGAAGAGAAAGCUCAGUCCUCACAGCUUCAUCAGAUACAAACUGAACAGAUGGAGACAGAAGGUGAUGCAGAGGACUGUGGAGGACCAGAACCAGACAGGAACCCGGGUCCAGAUGGUCCUCCAGAACCAGAUACUGACGACGAAACUGGAGACUCAUCUGGACCAGAUACUGACGACAUUGAUGAUUGGAAUGAGACCAGACAACCUCAGGCAGGUUUAAACUCUCCUAAUAAUGAUAACGGUUCCGUCAGUGAGUCAAGAUGUAGAACAAGUGAGAAACAUUUGAUCUGUUCUGAAUGUAAGAAAACAUGUCGUUGCAUUAAAAAGCUGAAGAGACACAUGAUGAGCCACGCAUCAGAGAAACCUUUCAGCUGCACAGAGUGUGGUAACUGUUUCACUGCAAGUGGAAGUCUAAAGACUCACAUGAGAUGUCACACAGGGGAGAAACCUUUCAGCUGCUCGGAGUGUGGUAAAUAUUUCACUCAAAAAUCAAAUAUGAAGAAACACAUGCAAUAUCACACAGGGGAGAAACCUUUCAGCUGUUUACAGUGUGGUAAAUGUUUCACUCUAAGUGGACAUCUGAAGACACACAUGAGAUGUCACACAGGGGAGAAACCUUUCAGCUGCUCGGAGUGUGGUAACUCUUUCGCUCAAAACGAACAACUGAAGCUACAUAUGAGGUGUCACACAGGGGAGAAACCUUUCAGCUGCUCACAGUGUGGUAAAUGUUUCACUGCAAGUGGAAGUCUAAAGACUCACAUGAGAUGUCACACAGGGGAGAAACCUUUCAGCUGCUCGGAGUGUGGUAAAUAUUUCACUGCAAGCGGAAAUCUGAAGACUCACAUGAGAUGUCAC